AACCGUUGCAGAGUUAUAGCAAGUGCUAAAAUUAUCGUGCAUACACAUUGUUUCUAAAACUUAGCGUAAGCGACACAAUGCAUUUUAUCGUAAGCGACAUUAGCGCGCCACCGUAGGCGUUUACUAUAAACAAACCUGUAGUGACAUGUUGUUUAUUUCCGCAAAAGUUCUGAUGCAACAAACAUCGCUCCCGUUGUUUUGAUUGUAAAAAAAUAGAUUUACGCAUAAAAACGUUUUAAAUAGUGUUUAUUAUUGUGUAGUUAAUGUGUUAAUUCAAUUAGAAGUGUACUUCGAGAGGAAACUCAACAGUAAUUUAUCAAAUAAAUCAGCUAUGUCGACUCCAGCAGCGAAGUCACGGAUGAAGAAAAUUAUGCAGCUAAUAACACCACCACUCCCCGCGCAAGAAAGUUAUCCUGAAACUGCUUUUACCGAGAACAUACAGCAAGAUACAGAGUCAGUUUUGGAUUCAUACUUGCCACCAGGCAACAACAACGAAACUGAUAUAGAAUCAAUAUUGAGUGGUGCAACAUCACCAUCCAUAGUCGAUUUUAUUUGUAAUACCGAUUUAAAUUUUGAGCAAAAUACCAACUCAUGUACGAUAUUGCCUUCAACUAAACUUGUUGAGUACAGCGAUUCUGAUACUGACAAUUCUUACACUCUAAUGGAUUUAGAUAAUCAAAAUGAAAUACCACAUGUAGACAUAACAAAAAAUGGCCAAACUAAUUUAGAGGACCCUGCUAUGUCAACUUUCUUUAAUCGAUUAAUAGAGCCUAGCACCAGUUCACUGUCUGACCAACAAGAGCAAAACGUGUUAAGGAAGUCCUUCGAGUCCCACAACGUUAGUGAUUACAUUGAUAGUGAAGAUUCAUGGAAGCCAGCCUCAUCGUCUAGUGGUUCAGAUGAAGAUGAGUCAGCUCAACAAAUUGAAGAAGAAACGAAUGUUGGUAAAAGAGGAUAUAGGAAAAUAAAACAUUUACCAAAACGUCUAUUAUCAAAAAAAAAUCGCAGUGCGGCUAUGGGGAAAUCUGUUCAACCUAAUCCUUGCAUGAAUAAAAGAUGCGGUAAUUCAUGUGCAAGUAAAUUUACUGAAGACGAUCGUACUAAUAUUUUUGAAAACUAUUGGGGAUUAGGUUGUGCUAAAAGACAGAAAGAUUUUCUAUUGUCAUGUGCUAAGGAGAAACCAAUUGGCAGAUAA